CUCUGCCGGUACAUCGCAGGUCCAGCAGAGAUGACUUGUGGACUUUUCCUUUUGUAAAACAGAAGACGAUGCAGCGGAACACUCUGCCGAGAGUCUGAAGAUGAAGUGCUCAGCUUGUGGCCAUAAUAUACUGGAGAAGGCAGCCAAGUUCUGCAGUGCAUGUGGCCUGAAGCUGUCUGUCCUGCCUGCAAACACACAGGGUACAGGAGAUGAGCCCAAAUCCCUGGUAGCGGUCUCGGAAGGUGCAGCUGAGAGUUCAGUCUCACAGAAAAACUCCCCCCCUAUGGACGGCAAGGAAUCCAAUAAAUCCCCCAAACGACCGAAUGAUGAGACAAUCAGCAACCCAAAGAAAAAGAAAAAAAAGAACAGGAAGAAGAACAAAAAGAAGAAAGAUGGCAACGUGUCAUCAGUCCAGGAUCAAAGCCACUCUGAUCUGUCCCAUGUCUCCAUGGGAGACAACCAGGGGGAGAAGACAAAGGACAGAAGAGACUCUUCUGACAGUGAAAGCUCAGAAAAUGCAAUGGAUGAAACACCAGACUCACUCCAUGAUGGGUCCUCCCCACUAGAGAGCCAGCCUAGUUCCUUAGUAGCUAACAAUACUGCUGCACCAGCUGAAGACACACAAAUCAUUCCAAGUGAAAAGACUGCUUCCCCAGAAAAGGCAAGAACUGGGAGGCAGUCUGAGGAAGCUACAGGUAACCCAGAUGAGGGAGAGAGCAAUGCACACAAAUUUACUCCGGAUCAGGCACUCAACAGAGCACCAGCUGACACUCUGACUCAACUUCUCACCUCAGAGGACAGCAAGAGUACGACUCAGUCAGGUUCAGGCAAAGGUGCUAAGGCCACUAACCCUAAAGAUCAAAAGACUGACCGACAAAACUCAAAGAACAAGACAGACACAGCUGCCACUAAACAGCCUACACUGGACCAGAAUGCCAAUGUGCAGCCAAGCGUGAAACAGACAGGGCACAACAAACAGAAGGGAAAGAGUCAGCAGGAGCAGAAACAGAAGCCCGCUGUGGUAGCUGAACAAAAGAUGGUUUUUGGCACUCAAGCACCAUCAAAGGCUGAAAGCCCAGGGUCCAGUGUGGACCCGGAUGGCACAAUAGAGCCCAUGGUGGUUCAGCAGUCUGGGAGCAGGCAGGACUCAACCGCAGCACAAACAUCAGACUCUAACAAGGGAAAUAAAGCUGGCACUAAGGAUAACACAGAAUCCAACACCCCAGCUGCCCCUCCACCCAAAAGGGUUACCAGGAACAACACCAUUGCUGCACGUGACAGACUCACAAUUUAUUUCCAUGCGGUUCUCUCAAAGGAUUUCAAAUUUGAUCCAGAAGAAGAUCGUGUCUUUGUCAGGGCUGGGUUCCGCAUUGGGACAUGGGAAGACAAUGCAGUGGAGCUGUUUGUGACCAGGGAUCUUGGAGAACAUGGGUUUCUAGUCGAGGGCAGUCUGCCGACGGUGAAAAAUGAAGCUGAGUCUGUGUCGAUACCAUACAAAUAUGUUGUCUACAAGAGUAAAAAGAACAAAUAUGAGUUUGAGUUUAUAUACAAAUUGGAUUCUACACAACACACUACCAACAGAUGUCUGUUUGUGAAACCACUCCUCGUCAAUGACGACGGAGACUGGCAUCAAUAUGAUGACAUCAUUUGUGCUGAGCCAACAAAGAAUGUGCUCGAACGCAUUAAAGAAAAGAUCUGGCCUGAACAAAGGAAGAAUUUGAUUCAAGGCAGAGAGAUUGCUGGGAAUAUAAUGCUGGAGACCAUAUUUGAUCUUCUCAGGAGCUGGACUGUUGCUAAUUUGAGAAGUUUUCUGAUUCAGCUGAAUCAGUUCUUUCAGGUUUAUGCAGAGCCUUUUGUUUACGAAGAGAAACAAAAGAAAUGGUACUCCUUAAGCUAUGGAAACGAUGACGUGAUGAGUAUGCUAAAAGAAUUCAUGCUGAGAAACGUGAUUCCUCAGCUGCUGAAGGACGGAGACGGGAAGAUGCUCUACAUUCAGGAUCCCAUGAGGGCAGCUGUGAUCAUGCUCUGUGUAUGGAGACAGCAUGGUAUCAAACUGAACAAUACUGAACUUCAUCGUCUCUGCAAUACACUGUGUCUGCCCAAACUACCCAAAGAUGAGUUCCUUCAGUACUGGGCAGACUUUUCACAGGAUGUCGCUGUUCUCCAAAGUCUGCCAGAAUAUUUGGUGUCUCUGAUAAAAGCUGUGAAAACAGCAGGGAUGCCUCGAUGGAUUCUGGUUCUUCCGCUCCUCCACCUCCUCAGACGCACCACAAAACCCUUUGAAGUACUACCUUCUGUAAACUCGAAGUACGGCUUAGCCUGGGCAGGUUUGCAAGGCGUUGAAAUCAGUAACUCAGCCUACAUCAGCAGUCAAGAUAGGAAGGCACUGGUGAAUAUGAUGAAAAGCCACUGUCACCUGAUGGAGGUGGAUGCGCUAUUAGUGCGAUCCUGCUUGUACUUGAUGCCAUUUGAUGAACUGAUGGAGUGUGUCAGCAACAUCAACACUGAGCUUUUGGACAUCCUUCAUGUUUUUACUAGCAAGGCUCCUCAGGAUAUUUCCUACAGUAACUUCCAGACAGUAUCUAACAUUCUCUCACAUAUGCAAGGACACCUCAUUGAGGAUAAAUACAGUACAUUUACCGAGGCCUAUAGGAAAGGGUGCCUAGCAACAGCAGUGAAACUAUUGGAGAAACUUUGCCAAGGAGUCAAAGUGGUAUCAUAUAACCAGAACUUCCUUGAUAUCCCUGUAGCUUGUAUGAAUCUGGUUGCGUCAGUGUCAGACUUUGUUCACUGUAACAACCAACAGGAGACUGAGGAAGGGGAAGGACAGCAGCGAUAUGCUAAAGACUUAGUGACCUCUCAGGCGUUGGUCAUUAUGAGAGACUGGAUCAGUCUGUCCUUCAGACAGCGUUUGCUCAACAGGGUUCUGACAUCCCUGUACCAAGUUGAGGCCACAGCAGAGAUUGAAAUGUGGAACAACAUAAUCUCAAUCCACUUCAAAGAUGAAGAUUGCACCAAAGAAUGGAGACAGAAAUUCACAAUGGAUUUUGAGGGCAAGUACAAGCAGGAAUCUGCUGUGGAUCAAAUUGAAUUCUACUGCACAAAGAUGGAGGACCUCAGUAAAUCCCAUCCACACAUUGCUGCUAGUAUUGAGAAGUGUGCUCUUGAGGCUGUUACAUCUUUGUGCCAAACCAAGUCUGAGGGAAAGCUGUUGGAGAGGCUCAAGAUAAACUGGAAGUUUGGGAAACUUAUCUCAGCCAUUAUCCAGAAAUCCUGGCCAAGGGACCAUCAAGGAAAUUAUGAGGAAGAUGAAGAAGUGGUUCUUCGGCACCUACUUUCAUGGACAGCUGCCAAAAACAUUUUCCAACUACACGGUGCAGAAGAAAAGGUGAUUGAGAAACUCUCUCAGGAUGCCAGGGACAGAAUUGCCAUAGCCAUAUCAUCAUUCACAGCCAUCAAAAAUCAGCUGGUCCGUGGAAACGUUAAGACCAGCCUGCUCAAAAUCAUUUUGGAGAGGAGAAAUGUCUUCUUAGAUCUGCUGAAGAUCGAUUGCCUCUCUGAGAAUGAACAAUACAAGGAUAAUGGCAAAAUGAAGAGGCUGUUACAGUGCAGACAAGACGAAGUGAAAGCUGUGUACCAUGAGAAGGAGCUUGUGGACGUCUUCUUAACAAUGAGCCGCAAACUUGAGGAACAUAUCACAGUUGAUGUUGCCGACAUGGAAGAGAGACAGCAGGUCAACAUUGAGGUCAUGCCUCUGGACCAUUUCAUGGAGGUUCAUCAAUUUGACCAAAUGCCCUCCCCCAUGGCUGGUGUUGUCACCUACUUCAAUCUGGAUGAAGAAAUUCGAAACAUGGCAGAGGACCUAUACACCUUCAGAGACAGUUACAUAUUCAAAGUGUGCUGGGAGAACCAAGCUAAACUCCUGGCUGCUGCAGAAAUGGAAGAAGACAGUCCUGAUGAAUGUGAAGUAGCGGACAUUAUGGCAACACCAGAAACGAUACAUGAUGACAUUUUCAAGCCUUGCUUUGCUAAUUACAAAGAUAUUUACACUUGUCUGAAGAAUGGCAGUAUAAUCCUUGAGGAGGUAAAUCAUCUCUUCCAUGCUUACAAGGGCAAGUACGAUGAGCUUGCAAAGGACCUGGACAUCAUGUGCAGAGUUGAUAAAUCUACCGACAAACAGUGGAUCCACAGCAGAGUUCAACAGAUCGAGCAGUACCACGAGCUUCAUCUAGCUGUGGCUUCAGCUGAAAUUAUCAUGAAGGUCAAAGAGACGCUUUGUCUUCAAGGGGACUUUAGGGUUUUGGAGACACUCACAGAAGUUAAUCAUGCAGCCUUUCAGAGAGAGCCUCUCAAUCGGAUUGACAAUGACUUGAUGCAAGCAAAGAUGGUUCUGGUGGACAUCACUGAGCCUCGCAGAGUGUGCCUACAAGAGCUGGGACUCAGAGGACACUUUGUAAAAUGGGUAAAAGACGCACUUGAAGAUAUAAAUGAGUUGAAGGUGUUCGUUGACCUGGCUUCCAUCUCUGCGGGAGAGAAUGACAUGGACGUGGAUCGUGUUGCUUGUUUCCACGACGCUGUGCUCGGCUACUCUUCUAUGCUAUAUGAGCUCAAACCAGACUCUGAUUUUCAUGUCUUCAAAGAGGUGCUCAAGAAGCUCUGGAGAGCUUUGGAGAAUGACAGCAACCUACCAAAAAAACUGCGGGACAGUGCACGCCAUUUGGAAUGGCUGAAGACUGUGAAGGACAGUCAUGGGUCAGUGGAGCUGUCCUCUCUUUCUUUAGCUUCCGCCAUCAACAACAAGGGUAUCUACCUGAUCAGUGCACAAAGUGUGAAAAAGUUGAGCCUUGACACUGCCCUGAAGCUGCAGAUUCCUGAGGAGCAUGAUGAGGGUACGCAGAUGCGCUGCUAUUCUCUUGAGGACCUGCGGGAGCUGCAGAACAAGCUCAUGCUCAUGUCUGGGAAAGGGGAUCAAGGGCAGAAUGAAGUUGAUCACUUUGCAGAGGUUUUUGCCAGUGUUCAAAGACUAGCUGAGGCAUUCAUUGCCCUCUACACUGCUGGAAAUCCUCUGUUCAGACACUGGGAAGCACAAAUAAACUGCUCUUUAAGCAGUAAGGAACCGAGCAUUAUGAUGGACUUCAAUCUGGGCAGUGUUGUCAGUGUUGUCAUUGUGGAGGGCAGCAUAGAGGAGCAGCUUCCAGAAUUUUGCAGGAAAAUGGAGAAAUGCUUGGAAUAUUGGAUGGGUUUUGUGGACAAACAGAGAUCCCAGCAUUACUAUCUGAACUACUAUACAGCUGAACAGAUUGUCUACCUUUGCAGUAAGCUGAUUCAGCAAAAUGUAGCCAAUGUGGAGGACCAAGUUCUCAUGAUGCUCUCGUUCGUCAAGCCAAAUUGCACAGCCUCAGACUUGAGACAGGUCUGGCAUGAACUCCAGUAUGAAAUCCUCACCAAACCACAAGAGCUAAAUGAGGACAUUGAGUUCCAGACUUUUGUUGUAGUGCCAAGAACUGAGCUGGGAGAACCAGACUUCACCAGUGAAUUGGAUUUUCUGCCAAGUCUUGUGGAGCAAGCAAGUGGUUCACAAAAAUUUGAUCUCAUAUGGAAUGCUUACAUGAAAGACAUGAAGAAUUUUCUCCCGCACAUUCUUGAUAUAAAAAAUCUUGGCAGACUGUUAGAAAUACUAGCCAACAAAGAAGAUGAAAGUGAAGAAGAUGAAAGUGAAGAAGACAUUUCUGAUGAUAACACUGGGAGACUUGUAAUGAGGCAGCUUCCUAAUGGCUUGGGCGCUGGAAAUCCAAACCUCAUUGUUUGUCCGCAUGAUGACGUCUUGACAUCUUGCAUCUCCAUUUACAUGAGUAGCGAAGAAGAGACACUUCCCACCUAUGAUGAGGUCCUCUUGUGCAACUCCUCAACACCGUACGAACAGGUGGAGCUAUUCCUCAGACGCUGUCUCAGCACAGGGUACAGGGGACAGAAGAUAUACUCUCUACUGUAUGGAGAUCUGCUCACUUAUGAUGUGAGCUCCAAAGUUGAGAACUUUUUCCAGCGUAUGAAAAUGCAGAGCAGGAAAGACUACAGACUUGUGAUAAUCUGCAGCUCGGAAAGAGAACAUGCAUACCUUCCUUCAGCCUUCAGCCAGUAUAGAUUGCACAUGGUUCCCCAGGAGCCUUUCGUGAGGAUCCAGAGGUACCUCCACAAACACUUUGUUGUCCCAGCAGAUCAAUGCAGUGCUGCAGCUGCAUUCAAAGAUCGACUGUGCGUUGGUGUCGUCUCUUCCAAAAGGGCUGGUGUUGGUAAAUCUCUCUACAUCAAGAGGCUGUAUGAAAAACUGAAGCACUCAACCAAAAAGCCAUCAAUGAUGAAAUGCAUUCGCUUGAUUGAACCCAAUGUUGAUGAGAAUGUCAUCCUUCAAUCUCUGUUGAACACACCCAAGAGGAAGGAACUCAUGAUGUUCCAUUUUGACAUCACAUCAUCGGUGCAGAAAGGUCUCAAUGAGUUUCUUUUCAAACUGUUGAUUCUACGCUAUUUGAUGGACUCUGAGGGAAAGACGUGGAAGUGCAGCGACAAGCAGCUGUAUGUCAUAGAGAUUUUAGAGCCGACUGUCAAGUCAACCAGAAAUGCUUCACGGCAGGCUCAAACUGUGAACAGCACAUUCACGGAUGUGUUUCCUAAUAUUUUUUGCCGACCACCCAAAGAGGUGCUAAUGCUAGAGAUGAGAAAGCAAGAUGACCCUACCAUUGUGAGCCCUGACGACCCACUGAUGGAUGAUGAAGAAUUCAGGAAUGAAGCUUUUCAGCGGCCAUACCAGUAUCUCACAAGGUUUCAUAACCACAGUGAUCUCGAUGUGUUCACAUAUCAGGGUGUUGAAGGGUCACACGUGGAAUGUCUUCAGAUGCUUCUCAUGCACUGUGGCAUUAUGGACCCAUCCUGGGCAGAACUGAGAAAUUUUGCAUGGUUCCUUAACCUUCAGCUGAAAGACUGUGAGACAUCUGUUUUUUGUGAUGCCACAUUCACUGGAGACACACUAACUGGAUUCAAAACCUUUGUGGUGGACUUCAUGAUACUAAUGGCAAAGGACUUUGCCACUCCAUCACUCAGCAUCUCUGACCAGAGUCCUGGCAGGCUGCAGAUGGACCUGACUGGUGUCCGAGAUGAAGACUUGGCUCCUUUUUUGAUUAGAAAGAGAUGGGAAACAGAACCACAUCCAUAUAUCUUCUUUAAUGAUGACCACGUGUCCAUGACCUUCAUUGGUUUCCAUCUUGAGCCCAAUGAACAAAACUCUGUUGAUGCCAUUGAGCCCUCCUCUGGAAGGGUGAUAAAAAAGAAUGUCAUGGCAAGGGCAUUGUAUGAAGGCCUAAAGCUACAAAGAGUCCCUUUCAACAUCGACUUUGAUGGCCUUCCAAGAGGGGAGAAAAUCGAGCGAAUCUGCAAUGUCCUUGGUAUCCAGUGGCCUCUUGACCCUGAUGAAACAUAUGAGCUCACAACUGACAACAUACUGAAGAUGCUGGCAAUCCAUAUGCGGUUCAGGUGUGGCAUCCCUGUCAUUAUCAUGGGAGAAACAGGGUGUGGUAAGACAAGGCUCAUCAAAUUCCUUUGUGAGUUGCGCAGGAGUGGAGUGGCCACUGAGAACAUGAAACUGGUGAAGGUGCAUGGAGGGACAACUUCUGAGAUGAUUUACACCAAAGUCAGAGAAGCGGAAGAUAUUGCUUCUAUUAACAAGCUAGACUAUGGAUUUGACUCUGUUCUCUUCUUUGAUGAGGCCAACACUACCGAGGCCAUCUGCAGUAUUAAGGAGGUCCUCUGUGACAAGACAGUCAGGGGGGAAAGAUUGACACCCAACUCUGGGUUGCAGAUUAUUGCUGCAUGCAACCCUUACCGAAAGCACACAGAUGAGAUGAUUCAGAGGUUAGAAUCAGCUGGCCUUGGGUACAGAGUUCGAGCUGAAGAGACAGAUGAAAAGCUUGGGUCCAUCCCUCUCCGCCAGUUAGUCUACAGAGUUCAAGCGUUGCCACCAAGCAUGAUCCCUCUUGUGUGGGACUUUGGCCAGUUAAAUGAUCACACAGAGAAAAUAUACAUCCAGCAGAUUGUGCAAAGAGUGGUUGAAAACAAAGAAAUUGGCCAAAAUAACAUACAAUGGAUCACUGACGUCCUUUCAUCUUCACAGAAGUAUAUGCGGACAAGAAAGGAUGAAUGCAGCUUUGUGAGCCUGAGAGAUGUAGAACGCUGCAUGCAGACUUUUGUUUGGUUCUAUGAAAACCAUGUCAUGUUGUUAGCAGAGCUUGAAGAAUUUGAGAGUAAACUAAAUGCUGAGAAGAAUGAAAGGCAUCAGAGACAGCCUGAGGUCAGAGAUCCUGUGCUCUGGUCCCUAGUCAUGGCCAUAGGAGUGUGCUACCAUGCCUGUCUGGAAAAUAAGGAUAAAUACAGACAGAAAAUCAGCAAAAGACUACCAUCAGGAUACAGCCAAGCAAAGGUAAUGCAGGAAAUCUCACUCAUGCAGGAUUUACUUUUGAGAGGUGUGCCAAUGGGGGAUACUAUUGCAAGAAACAGUGCCCUCAAAGAAAAUGUCUUCAUGAUGGUUCUCUGCAUUGAGCUAAGAAUCCCUCUCUUCUUAGUUGGAAAACCUGGAAGUUCAAAAUCUCUGUCUAAAACUCUGGUGGCAGAUGCAAUGCAGGGCCAAGCUGCUCAUUCUGAUCUCUACAAAAGACUUAAACAGAUCCAUUUGGUGUCUUUCCAAUGUAGCCCUCACUCAACACCAGAAGGCAUCAUUAAUACAUUCAAACAGUGUGGGCGCUUCCAGGAAGGAAAGAACCUGAAAGAGUACAUUUCAGUUGUGGUUCUUGAUGAGAUUGGGCUGGCUGAGGACUCUCCAAAGAUGCCACUGAAAACCCUCCAUCCACUGCUAGAGGAGGGAUGCAUUGAUGAUGAGCCAUUGCCACACAAAAAGGUUGGAUUCAUUGGCAUCUCCAACUGGGCUUUAGACCCUGCAAAGAUGAACAGAGGCAUUUUUGUCUCCCGCGGUGACCCUGAUGAGAGGGAACUCAUCAAGAGUGCUGAAGGCAUAUGCAAUUCUGAUGCAAUGGUUUUGGAGAAGGUCAGGGAUUUCUUCCAACCUUUUGCAAGAGCCUACUUGAACAUCUGCCGCAAACAAGGCAAAGGAUUUUUUGGCCUACGUGACUAUUACAGCUUGAUUAAGAUGAUUUUUGCAGUGGCCAAGGCUUCUCAACAGAAACCCACAGCAGAGCAAAUCGUGAAGGCAGUGUUGAGAAAUUUCAGUGGCAGGGAUGACGUGGAUGCCGUUACUGUCUUUACCAAAAGACUGCAGAUUGCACCCAACCUGGAGAACAUCACUGCCAUUGAGUUUGUGAGAGAAAACAUUCAGGCAGUUGGACAGGAAGAAGAAUGUCGGUACCUGCUGGUGCUAACAAAAAACUAUGCAGCGCUUCAGAUCCUGCAGCAAACCUUCUUUUCAGAAAAUGGUCAGCCAGAAAUAAUCUUUGGAUCCAGUUUCCCAAAAGACCAAGAAUACACACAAAUCUGCCGCAACAUCAACAGAGUAAAGAUCUGCAUGGAGACAGGUCAGACCGUUGUGCUCCUAAACUUGCAGAACCUCUAUGAAAGUCUCUAUGAUGCCCUCAACCAAUACUAUGUCUGCUUGGGAGGACAGAAGUAUGUGGACCUUGGACUGGGAACCCACCGUGUGAAAUGCAGGGUGCACAAAGACUUCCGGCUAAUUGUCAUAGAGGAAAGAGAGGUGGUCUACAAACAGUUUCCGAUACCUCUCAUCAACAGGCUGGAGAAACACUACCUGGACAUCCAUACUGUCCUUAAAGCUGACCAGAAGAGGAUGGUGGAUGAAUUGGAGAGAUGGGUGAAUCUUUUUGUGUCUCUCAGCAGUCAACACGCAGCUGCAACUCAGACUUACAAGUACCAACCGCCAGACGUCUUCAUUGGCUACCACUCAGACACGUGUGCUUCUGUGGUACUUCAAGUAAUGGAGAAGCAGAAAGCAAGUUUGGAGAACUCAGAUCCUGAGAGGAGAGUGCUGGACGAGGCUAAACUCAUACUGCUCAAAUGUGCAACACCAGACUCAGUGGUGCGGCUCGACUGCACAGGCCUUCCCAAAGUGGAGAGCGAAUAUCUGGCCAGGGUCUACUUUGAAGAGCAGAAUAACAGCUGUUUGGCUGACUUCAUUCUUGCUCACACAAGGCAGGAAGUCCAUUGCUACUCCUCCUUCACAGAGGUGACAACAUUCUCCAGACUUCUAACAGCAUCUGACUUGGAACCACUGGAACAAAUGUUUCAUAGUGUUGAGCUUCUCUCACUCCAGCAGUUUGACACAGAGCACUCCUUCCUGAAGAAGAUCAGGAACUUUGUCAUAGCUGGAAGCAGUAACACAGGACCCUGCAACAAGAUCCUCAUCAUUCAGUGCGAUUUUGAUGAAGCUUCUCAUAGUUCCAAUGUCAUUGCAUCUGCAAAGUAUUCGUCCAUAAAUGAAAUCAACAAGAUAAGUCAGGAGAGCAUGGGAAGCAAGGUGUUUGUCUACUUCAUCUCCAGACUGCCAAGAAUAGAAGGAGGGACUUCUUACAUCGGCUUUCAUGGAGGCCCAUGGAGAUCAGCUCACAUUGAUGACCUCAGGCGAUCAAAAGACAUUGUUUCAGACAUCAAAGCCUUGCAAAACAUGACAAUCAGUCAGAUGUUUGAAACAAAAAUGAAUCAGCCUGAAGCCAUGGAGGUGGAUAACAUGUACACUGACAAUGAGCAGGAGGAGGCAGAGGUAGAGGAAAAUGGCUUAAAUAACGUUGUGGAUACAACAGCACUGGUGCGGAGCUGUGUGCAGAGCGCAGUAGGCAUGCUGAGGGACCAGGUGGAAAGUGGUGUCCGCAGUACUCGGAGAGUUGAGAUCCUGCUGACACUCCUCAGUGACAAUGAUGAAAUAAAAGGUGAAUUUCUGCAAACUGUGAAGAGGCACCUUCACUCAUUGCUGGCAACUCAUGAUGGUAACACCUUCUCAUCCAUCAAAAGCAACUGGGUCAUUAAAGAGGCCUCAAACAUUGAUGCCUUGCAAGAAGGAGGCACCUUCAGGCAAACCUUAUGGAAGCGCGUUCAGGCUGUCGUCAUUCCCCUCUUAGCGCAGCUGGUGUCAGUCAUUGACCGUGACCAAAACUUGGACAUCCUGCUAGAUAGUAACUGUGGAGAAUCACUCAAGAGGCUGUGGUUAGAUAUCUUUAGCAAUGAUAAGCUGCUGGAAAUCCCACACCUAACCCUGGACAACAACUCUGAGAAAAGAACAAUUCUUGUACAGAACUACAUUGCUCAAGACAGGAACAUGAGCUGCAGCAUGCCCUUCAGUUGGAGGAUCAAGAACUACCUGGAGGAACUCUGGGUUCAUGCACGUCAACAUGAAGGUCACACUCAACACGAGUUUGAUGAGUUCUUUUGGAAGACACCGCUGGGACGAUACAUCGCGAAAGCAGACCCAUUAAUGCAGUCAGAGUUUUUUCACCGCUACAUUCAGGAUUUCAUCUCCAUGACGAUGAAUGUGACUAGUCAGGAAGAUCUGAAGCUUCUGUGUGGGGCCUUGAAUUGUUGUGUCAAUGAGCUGAGAUUGCAGCUCGAUGCCACAGAUACGGCAGUAUCUCUUCCAUGGGUCCAUGCUGCUUAUCAUGAGUUCAAGAACCGACUGCAGAACCUCUCCAGAAUGAUCUGCCUUGAGCCCCAGGUGACCCAGGACCUCCUGAAGAAUCCUCAUGCCAGUGACAGGGAUGAACUGGUACUCGAUGUGUAUGCUGCGUUUGCAUGUGUGGAGCACCUGGAGCCUACACUCCUGGACACAGACGCCCAAAGACAAGCCUGGCUCAGACAGGUCAAAAAACUCCAGGUUCCCAUUGAGUUGAUCUGCUCGGAGGACAGUGUGAGACGCUAUGGAGAGAGGAGCAAGGUGAUCGUCUGUAGAGUCCAAGCUAGAUGGAAUCGGAUUUUUUCUCUCUCCCUUUUUGUGGAGCACAUGUUGUUGGGCAUUGAGGAGGUAGAGAAGAAGCUGACACCUUUAGUUUUGGAGCACACUAAAGGGCUUGGCCAGAUACUGGAAACAAAUUCAGACCUCAAAACUCUGCAGUCAUUUGAGGCAGUAAUCGGUUUGCUUAAAACCUGCAAAGAUGGAGCAGUCGAACGCAUCUUCAGGUUUGGCCUUACGCUGUGCCCAGUGUGUAUGGGAGACCCCCAAGAUCCGCUCUGCCUGCCAUGUGAACACAUCUACUGUGUGGCCUGUAUCAAACAGUGGUUGUGCCCCGGUCAGAUGUACUGUCCGCUCUGCAUGCAGCCAGUUAACGACGACUUCCCCAUGGUUCCUUCAGAUGACAUAAGGAUUCUUAUCAAUCAACAUGCUCAGUUCAGGAAGCAGGUUAAUGCUUUCUUCAUUGACCUGGUGUCCACUGUGUGCUUCAAGGACAACUCUCCCCCCUGUUCAGCUAUCAUUCUCCACUUGCUGUCCUUUCUCAUGGUGGAGGCCAACACCGUCCCCAUUCUCAGAGGUAAUCGACAAAUUCUGACAAAGGUGCUCUCACCGUUUGAUGACUCUGUGGAUAAAAAUCCAGUGGUUCGGUCGGUAGUGCUCAAACUUCUGCUGAAGUACAGCUUUGAUGAAGUGAAAGGUUACCUGCAGCAGCAUCUCGUGGCAGUUGAGCGGAGCAACAUCUUGGAGAAAACAGACAAAACUGAACUGUACUUGUUGUACAUUAACUGCCUGGAGGAUUCAAUGUUUGAAAGGUUGCAGUUCAGGUCUGUUGCAGACCAGCAGGUGUGCCUGCAGGAUGAAAGUGCCUUCCUGACUGACUACCUGCAGUCACAUGGUCAGUCUGCUGAAACAGCCACUGUGGACUAUCUGCAGCAGGUGGCCAGAGUGCGUAUUGACCUGGAUAUGGUUGCUAGCCUCAUUGUGGAAAAACUGAGAACCGCAGAGGCUCAAGAGAGUGGUAAAAGUGGAACCACAGCCUUCCUGACCAGUGUGAUGAAAUUGUGUAGGUUCAGUGGAAACAACUGGUAUCGUGUCUACUUGAUCCGUAAGAUCUGCAGCCAACAUGGAGUGGAGUUUGUCCAGAAACUCCUCACAAUGGAUAACAUGAGCUGGCUCUUCCCUGAAGAAGUCCUGCAAAAGAGUGAAGAAGCCACCCAAAUAGACCAGUAUCUUGUGUGUGGGGAAAACUACAAGACGAUCAGAAAUGCUGUCGCAAAGGGACUUAUGGAAGCAAAAGUGGAUGGACUGGACCAGACUUGUGAGGGGUGCAGAUGCUUACCGCAGCGUACAACAGUUUAUCUUCUGAUGGCGCUGUACAGAGAAGUCACCACUCUCUACAGAGAAGCCAAUGCUAGCUUCCAUCCUAAGCCUGAGCAAUUGGAAGCCCUGGAGGCCUACAUCCAGACCUCCAAAUUCCUUGCUAGCCCAGAGAUGAAGGCCUUCGCCCGGGCUCUGGUGACCAACCGACUCGGGCCGUUGGGUGUUUGUCCCGGGACUUCUGGUGCUCAGUGUGUGUUGGUGGACUUAACUGUUCACCUGGCUGCUGUCUUGCUCUGUGGUACCCAGGGGAUCUUAGCUCCCCUGCAGCAGCUGGCAAUGUCACCAGCCAACAUGCAGGCAGCCUUCUUGCCUACCAUGCCAGAGGACAUGUUAGCAGUGGCUCAACAAGCUCUCGGACCGUUGCAGUGGUACCAUUGUCCAAAUGGUCACCCCUGCACAAUUGGAGAGUGUGGCCAGCCCAUGGAAAGAAGUUACUGUUUGGACUGUCGUGCUGAGAUUGGAGGAAGCAACCACCAGCCUGUGCAGGGAUUUCAUGUAGUUGGGUUGCAGGGUGACCGCACUCAGACGGGCCACAUCCUCGGCGACCCCAGACGCAGGGACAAUCCAGACAUGCUAGACACAAAAAACAUUUCCCCUGUUCCCUUCACUAUUCUCCGCAUGCUCACUCACAUGGCCAUGCUGCUCGGUGACUGCAGCCAUCCACAGUUGGUCUCUAACAUCAUCAAGCCUCCAGUCCGUGACCCAGGUGCAUUUCUACUUGCUCACCUGCGAAAGGACAUGGAGCGUCUUAACAGAUCCCUGGGUAAGGGGACAGACGACACAGUCAGCACUGUUCAUCUGCUCAUCGGCAGCCUCCUGGAACCCCACCAGCAACUAAAAUGGCCUGCUCCUUAUAACAAUCAGCUCUCCACCAAAGAAGCUAGAAAUGGAUGGGAGAUGGAAGUGAGCAACGCCAUAAUCACACCUCAGCUGAAGCACUUGGAUAGACAGCUAAAGGAAGUGAACACCUUCAUCCGGGGCGACUCUCGCAUCUCCGCCAAUCCAAUCAUGAAGCUUGUGUUUGGUGAUCCUCGUCUCUUCUUGGCCUCACUUCCCCAAAAUUCUCUGAUCCACAGUUCUGCCGUGUGGACCUGCAGAGAGAAAGUGUCUCUGCUGAGCCUCACCCACAUUGUAGAGCAGAAUGAUGGCAAAGACACCCUGCCUGUGCUCUGGAGAUUUCUGCACAGGGAAGCAGAACUCCGACUGGUGAAGCACCUUCCCGAUAUACUCACACUCCAGAGAGAUCUGGUCAAGAAGUUUCAAAACAUCAGUGUGCUGACUUGUGGCACCAUUGCUGAAUUCCUCCACGGUCAGAAAGCAGAUUCCCUGAAAGCCUGGUAUGACCAAUACAUCAAAAUCUUCCUGGCAACCUGGAAUCAGCUCAGAGUGUCUUUGGCAACUAACGGUGAGAUUAAGAUCCCAGCUGAGUUCUGCCAGAACGACUUGAACCUCAAAAGUGACUUCAAGGUGCUGUUACCACGGCGACAAGGCCCGGGCCUGUGCUCUACAGCCCUAGUCAGCUACCUCAUCGCCCUGCACAAUGACCUGGUGUACUGUGUGGAUAAACACACUGGAGAGGAGACCAGCUACAAAGUGAGUCCGGCAGAUCUGACUGACCUGCAUGUGAUUCGGUAUGAGCUGGACAGGGACCUGAUGCCCCUGGUUCUGUCCAACACCCAGUACAGCUUUGAGAGAGGGCAGGAGACGCUUCACGAGUACGACUUGCCCAAGAUCCAGCAACAGAUCGUCUCUCGCUUCUUACUGGGCAAACCUCUCAUCACUCUCAACGGCAUUCCAACACUAGUGAACAGACAUGACCGCAACUAUGACAUCAUCCUGAAGGAUGUAAAAGCAAAAGUCAAGCAAGAGCCUCUGCAGACUCUCACGCUGUUUGCCGUGGCUGGGGAGCUGCAUUCCUACAGUGAGGUGUGUGAGGCCUUGUCCACGCUGGAAGUAGCCCUUGGUUUCCUCGCCAUGACUGGGGGAGAGCCUCACAUGCAGCUGUCCUGUUACCUGGAGGAGGUGCUGCAGAUGGAAAACCAGAUGGCUCCGCACAUCCUCAAGGCCCUGAGCAUGUGCUGUCUAAAGCAUUGUGUGGCUCUGUGGCAGCUGCUGGCCUCACUCAAAUCAGAAAAUAUGCUGCGGCUCAAGAGGGAUCCAUUUGUGGGAGUCUCAGAGAAGUACAAACAGGCCCUGGGUGAGGACGAGCACCGGCUGCUGACUGGCUUCUUCUCUAAGAACAGCGCUGACACUUUCCUUCUGGAGAUGCAUGAGUUCAUGGUGCUGGUUCUUAAAACGGCAAACGCACCUGAUAUCUACAGGCCUGAGUGGGGCCUGAAAAUCACACUGGUGUCUUACAUGGAGCGCAAAGACCUGGACAUCCCCGCUGAUGUGGAGGAGUUCUUCCCGGAGCAGAUCUGCCUGUCCCAGUAUGUUGAAGCCUGGAAGUUCAUUGUGGCCUUCAAGCAGGAGCGUGGCCAAAGACAGUGAAAAUGAGAAGAACAUUUUUUUUGUCUUUAUUUGAUAUCAUCAAAUCCCUCAGAUUUGAAGUUUACAAUCAUGAUAAAUCGACAGUAUUGAAGCAGUAUGCAUGGCUGUGUGAUAUAAUCUGUAUUUUACAGAUAUUUAUGCAGGGGAGAUGUGCCUUUUCAAGAGCACUAAUGUUAAGCUUAAAAAGUCACAGAAUAAGCGUGCAGUUCACAAUUACAAUUCACCUAAUUGAACUUGAUUUUUUUUGUGAUUAUCUGUUUUUGUUUUGUAUUAUUUUCCUGAGCAUCAACAUGUACAGAGCUUCCAUACAGUUGGGAGUCUUCUUGCUGGCACUUGUAAUGUGAAUUUCUCUGCCCCAAAGAGGCAGACAAACAAUCUGAAUUCUACUCAGGUACAAAAUGUGGAACAACUCUGGGGACUUCAAAUUAAACUGACCAAAAUCACUUUAUCAAGCAUAUAGCAUCUUUUCACUUUGCAUAAAAAAACUAUUUUGUCAUUUCCAUAAUGUAUCACUGUUCAAUCCUGUUGUUGAUGUUUAUGUAAAAGUUGCACUAGCCUUUCCUCUUAAAUGACUAUAAAUUGUAUUUCCUUAUAAGACAAUUUAUUAUACAUUCCACUUUUGACUUUGUGUUUCAUUACAUUUUCUUAAACUCUUCAUCAGAUGUUAAUGUACGUUCUGUUACUGUCUUACUUGCCUGAUUAGCUAUUUUUUAAUAAAGUGUACAUAUGACCUUUAUAUGCUCUAUGGUGAGACAAUACAUAACCAUAUGCAGGUGUUUCAAAUGUGGCCUCUUAUUCACCUAAUGUUUAUGGCUCCAUGGUGUCACUGCUGCACCCUCCUCUUCCUGGCUAAUUAUUUGUCAAUAUGUAGCGGCAGUACACAUAUAUUUUUGUGUACUUUAAAUGUUUCCAUCUGCCAUCGUAGACAAACUGGAUUAUAUCCUCAGUCAGAUAUAUCAGUUGUCCUAAAUCCUGUUGGAUUUGUAGAAUAUUUAGCCUGCUCUGACUCAAAUCAUUUAUGGAUAGGUUCCAUCGUCUUUUGUCAUUUUUAUUUCCUCUGUGAUGUUGCCGUAAGCUUAAAGAGUUCCACCUAAAUAAAAAAAACCAAAACAUU